AUGUUUCAGCAGUGUUUUAUACUUAUUUUCAUAGCGUUCAAGCCAGAAGGUGCCGUUGUAAACGAUAUGAUUUUUGGCCUCCCUGCUGGGGUAGGUAUUUCCUAAAAGGGUUCUCCAAUACAGAUGCUAUUUCUGACUAGACCUUAGACGUGUUUUUGAGCAUUCGUGGGGUGCGGUCAUGGGAAAAUAAAAAUAGAUUCAAAAAAUAAUAGUAUAAACGCAAAAUAUGAUUUCCAUGCGUCUGUUACAUGACAGCGUGCCGCCGGUUCAUAGUGCUUGUAAUUGAUACUAGACAAUUAUAUCACGUAGAUUAAUAAAUGGUCUUUUUUUGGUCAUAUCGGUCAUAUCUAAAUCAUCGUUUUCCUCCUACGUAAACAACCUUAACUUUUAAGCUGAUGUUCGCACAAGGGGACAGGUAACUUCAUCACGUCGUCUUGGGGUCUCCUUCACUUUCCCUAGGCUAAAGGACGAAUACUGAACAACAGGCAAACUUUAGAUUAUUUCUUCCCGAAAAACAAAGGAAAACAAGUUGAAGAAGGUAACAUUAUACUAAGCUAGCGUUAUUGGGGAAAUUAAAAACGUGCAGCGGGUUUACUAAAGAAGCUGCGUCCGGAUUUGAUCACUCCCUACAGUUUUAUUGACAUGAAUAAUGAAUGAAACCUGUUUCUUGCGUACAACACCCGGCAAGGAAAGUUGGUUCACGAAGUUUCUCUCAAGCUUAAUUUUUAAAAUCGUACACACUUGCAGGAUAAUAUUAUGGUUAGAUUAAGAGCCUUCAAGGCAAAAUGUUGAAACAUUUCUAACAUAAUUCCUUUCCAUGAGAUAACACUUUUUCAUUUGAUUUAUCUAGACUUUCAAGCUAAAUAUAAUUCGAAUAUUUAUUUCCAUUUUCUAGUGCUAGACGAGUGCGAUUUUCUGCGUUGUCGGCAGUUUCAGGCCGGACGCAUUAGCUCUUUAAAUUCUAAAUAAUACAAAAUCAUAAAAAAUAUUCUGAGCGCAUUUAAACUUGUUGAAGCAUAGUACGUGCGGUUGGCGCUCGAAAUAAAUGGCUUAGCUAGCCUUGGGACAGCCUGUAAGCUGACGUUUGAUGAUGGAAUUCCUUUCUUGGAAAAGAAAAGAGAGAGUGAGAGAGACGGAGGCAACAUUUAAACUAAACAUUUAUUAAAAGCAGUAUUUCACUACGUGCUAUUGGGAAAAAGAAGUAUCAACCCAAAGUGUCAACGCCUUUUCGGGGCGUAAUAUCCGUGUGAUCACUCCAACGAAUUCCUUCUGGUGGCCCGGGAGAGGGGGGUUGUACUCACCAUAAUGGCCUAUACAGGGAGGCUCCGCCCGAAAGGGGUACCUUUUCCAGGCUUCAAGUAUAUCAUGAAAGGAUAUAUGGGUUUUAUUUGUUGAAGUAUAUGAAAGGGUAGAAAAAGCAGUAAGGGGCAGUGUCUCCCCGCUCAAUUUUUCUGUCAAAUAUAUAAUCCCCCCCCCCCUCCCCCUCGGUUUGCUAAUGUACCUUGGACAGAACUCUUUAAGGUUGAUAUUCGUAAAGGAAACCUAAUUGACUGAAUCUUGUGCCCUUUAGGAAAUACUUCCUGGCAAUCAUAUGCUUAUCGUUUUAGAGCUCGACUCAGGGACGCCUUGAGAGCCAACUGUACGUGCCGGGGGGAGGGGGGGGGGGGUACUGCCAUAUAUGGGCUAUAUAGGUAUGUGUCGCUGUGAAGGGUAUGGUUUUCAAGCAGUUUACUCUAGGAUAGGGUAUAUAAAUCAGAGCGUUUGGGUCUAGAAUAGGGUAUCAUUUUUCAGGAAACUGAUCAGUUGGUUGAAGAUUUUAUCUAGACUAGGUACACAGCUACUCUAGGAUAGAGGGGAUUUGGGGAGUUUACUCUAGUAUAGGGUAGCAAAAUUCAGCUGAACUAGCUCUGGUAUAGGUUAAGGGUUCCAGGGUCCCAGCGGCACAUCCCCACCCAGAAAUUCCUAAAGUGCCCCCCCCCCCCCCGGGCGUACGUGCCAGCUCCUUUUCUAUAUUACCAAAAGACAAGCAAUCAACGCCGGUUCUAUUUUUUGCGAGCUUUGAGGCUUUUUCUCUUUCUUUCUUUCUUCCUCUCUUUCUUUUCUUUUUUUUUUUUUCCCUACAAUCCACAAUAAAGAUUUCAACUGUGAUCAACAUCAAUCGUGUUUAAUCGUUAAGCGCCUUAGAUUUAUAACUAUAGGUCGGAAUAAACGACUUCUGUGAGAUGUCCCGCCGUGAAAGAAACGUCAUUUCAUACAUACUGUGGUCAAUUCAUUGUACUUUAUACCAACUGUUAAUUAAGCCAUUUCAACGCUCUUAACAACUUCGGGAAUCAUGUCAGUUGUCACAGCAGUAAAUGCGAUCAAUUUGUAUUUUUUGCCUACUGAAUGAUCGGAUGUCAUUGCAAACGAUGGUGAAGGAUGAUUUAUGUUUUACAACCAACAUUUUGGUGAGACACUCUUAAAAUCUUUACUGUAGGUUGCCUCUUGGCUUAAGUCAGCUCGGAACUCCCCGUAGAGGCAUAUAAAGGUUCAUUUUCAUCACGGUUCCAGUCUUCCAUAUUUUUUAGUUAAUAUUUCAGUCCUCAGUGGAGAAAACUAGAGAGAAAGAACUAAUGCAAAACUAAGUCAGUUUUAUUCAGUAUUUCGCGACAUUUUACCAGUACAUGUAGCUGCAACAUUAAUUUAUUGAAUUCAUGACCGUCGAUAGGACUACGUGAGAUGGGAUGUGACGUAAAUGAUAAUAGCGAUAUUAAACACGGAUUACUUAUAAUGAGAAAAAAAAAAACAAUAAAAAAGGCCUGUUCAUUUCAUCACGUCAUAUGCACAUUUUGGCUGUUUUAACAAAAUGUUGUUUUGAAGAACCAAACCAAAAGGCAAUGGUACAGAUAUGAAUAAAAUUUGUUUCAGGGACGGAGGCAAAAUUAUUUACCAGGUCACAAAAAACGUUUGUGAAGGCCUAGUAACCCAUUUGGAUUAAUUGCUGUCCAGAAAAUGGCUUUAUCUCGUUCAAACGGAAGUAUUUUUACCCUACGUGUCGGAAAGAGUGGUGUUAAGGACUUAUAAUUCCCGGCCAGCUUUCGCAAUUCUGACAGUUCUAAUGUAAGCACCAGGAAACAAGUAGUUUUUCGUCGACAAAGAGCUAUGGAAAACACUGCUAAACAAAGACAACUAAGCGCCAGGGAUCCCAUUAGUUCUUGGACAGAUCUGAAGUUUCCUCAACAUUUCAAAUUUAUUUAUUACAGAAAUCGUGGACCCUACAUUGAAUAGAAUGUUUCCCGUGGUCUCUUAGCCCCCAAGGCCAAGACAGAUUACUAGACUAUUCAUGACACACGUCUGAGAGUUACAGGAAAGUUAAGCACAUUAUUUCUCAGGUUUCUGAAACUCGUGAUUAAGACUACCACGUGUGACAAAGUUGUCAUCAUUUAUUAAACGGCUACUUCCUUUUACCUUACAUAGAACACCAGCUAAAUAUAGAUAUAAAUCAUCAGUGUAUUGGCACAUUAUACAGUAGAAUGCUGUAGAAACUCUUCAUAAAACGAAGUUUCACCUCCAGACAGAAAAAAGUGAGGCAAUAUGAAACUUAAGACCAUUUUUUCAUCGCAGGACCUUCUAUUACAGACAAGCUUUUCCUCACUAUGACGUCAACUGGGAGUUUCCACUCUCAAUCACUUGUUCUGUAAUCCCCAAUAAAAUCCUUCAAAAACCCCUCCUUGUGACAGCUUAUUACUGGUUGCCGAAAAGUCUGCACAGAACGUGGAAACCAAAUUAUCAGUUUACCGUUUAAAUCUUUACCUGGAUUCUUUCAUACAAGAGAACACUUCGGGCGGAGUCUAACCACGACAACUCGCAGGUUAGUUCGUGAAAGUCAGGCUUGAGUUAUCUCCAAGUUGAGGAAAUUGGUGCCUGAUAGUUCAUCACUAUGCUGCACGUCCUUCACCUAGCAAAUAAGCGUAAGCUCUGGAAGAAGAAUGAUUCCGAGUAUAGUAUAGGGAUUUCCGAGUUCAUUCCGCAGCCAGCAAGAGCACCUAUUUGCCAGAAAAUCGCGAAGAAGUCUCUCGCCCUUAGUUUACAAGUAACACUCAAACCGAAAGCCGUGACAAAAAGGCAGCAGUAAUGGAUCGAAUGAAAUCGCUUGGAAAUUGUGAAAAGAAAAAUAUUUUAUGAGCUACCUUUAAUCAAUUACUAACGCGAUCAGCAAUAAGCAACUGAUUCAUGACACGUUUUUUAAACAAAAUGAAUCGAGUAAGAUGCUUGUGGACUCAGGCAAAUAGAAGAACAGUAAAAUUCAGAUAAUUUUGUGCUGACUAAAGGGAUGUUAAAGGGCAUGAUGAUCUUUACUGGAAGACCGCGUUUAGACAUGCACUGUCAAAUUAGGGACAGCAAUAAUGUUUAAAAACCGCAAGACGUACGAGAAGAAACAGGAAGUAUCAGCAUUGACUUCAUGAUCGAUUUUCUCGAUUCGCCUCUCGCAACACUGUUAGCCACUAAAACUGAAAGAAGCUUUAACUGUCCGGGGAAUUGUCAAAAAUAAGAACUCAAAAUAAAUCCUUUGAGAGUCUGUCAAGUAAGAUGUCUUAACCUUUUAAGCCGGCUGAUAUCAACACACAAGUCCUUCUAACUAGUGCAAAUUUCUUCAAGUAUACACAGUGAGUUGGGACUAGAUGUCAAAAGAUCCAUACAAGAAUUUCUGGGCGGUUGCCUUAAAUCUCAUAACUUUUUUCCUUGAAUAUGCCUAGAUAUUGUGAGGAAAAUUUGACGCUAAUAAGCCGGUAUUAAAUGUGUUCUCCGGUAGCUUCCCUUGAUGCUAAUCAGGUGAAAUGAUUCUCUUUAUAUAAGGCAAAAACAAAACAAAAAGUUUUUUUUUCUCAAAAUUGAAAACCUUUAUUCAGCGUCCAGGUCUGAGAUUUCCUGCCUCUAGUUGGGUAGAAGUUUACCUUUGUAAACUUUCUUGGGUGUGCAGCCAAAGCUAUGCGUGUAACUAAAAUUGGAAUAAAUUUGCUGUUCUGAACUAUUAAAGUCAGAGUAAUACCGUUCAGUUCCACCGGCAAAUUCUGUGACUUCAGCAAGGGCCGCGAAGAUUACGAAACUUUUGUUCAGUUCUUUUCUUUUUCGGUUCCACACUCACAAAAAAUUGAUUUUUAAGUCAAAGGAGCAAUCUCUCCGUUGUUGGUUCAAAGAGGGACAUCUUUACAUUUGUAGGAAUAUCCAAAAGCAUGAGCAGUACGUUCGGCUUGAGUGAAAAAUUUAGUAGCUUAACCUACAAGGCCUCAUCUAUAUAUUUUAGCCUAUUUUCGGGUAAAAAUUUCUCUCCUCUUCCACUUCGCUGACAAAAAAGGUCGCACCGACUCCCCAGCUGCAUCUUAAGUUUCCCACAGAAACAGUUAUCAAUCUUUGAUUCAUCAGGGAGUUUUUGGUCUUGGGUUCCGGUUACGUAAUAGGAAACUAUUCUAAGAAGCACGCGCAAGCACUUGCAAGGUCAAAGUCGCAUCACAGACAGGAAUCGAGAAAAAAGAAAAAGGAACCCCAAGUCCAAAAUAAUGAUAAUGACAAUGACAAUGACAUUAAAAUCGCAUUUCCUCAAAAUGGCAUAGCCUUUCCACAAACCUCGCCAUCGGCUAAUCGGCUGAAUGGGGGACGUCUGAGAGAAGGCUUGUACGACAUUGACCGUCGUCAAAGGCGUUAAAAAGGCCAGCAAAACGCCACCUAUACCCACUUCCGUCCUACCAAGCGAGAAACCACAUAGGAUAAAAUUUUUAAAAUUCACGCAAGUCAGCAUGAGUCAGAGAGUGUUACAGAAUCCACGCGUAGGAGCGUUUCCGCGUGACGUCAUAUCCACCAUGGUGGUGUCUCUAACUGAUGAAACGAAGGCCAUGUUGGUGCAUCAAACUUAUCCUAUGGAAUUUGAACCUUUUCGCAUGUAAAAACUUUCUUUUGUUCCAAAACAUUUGCAUUGCUGCCAUCAACGUUAGUGAAUCUGAUGUUUUUCUUUUCUUUAGAUAAGAUGAUUCGUCAGGUUGUUAUGAUCUUCACCGUAUUGCUCGUUGCAAAAGUCACGGUAGAGGCAGAAAGAAACGUUCACCAGAUCAGGAUCAAUACAGAGACACGUUAUCAAUCGUGUAAUGACACAACAUGUGACUGCGGAAACACGGAAAGUAUCCAGCCCGUCAAGAGAUGUAACCAAGCCUGCGCAGAUGCUCGCUGCAAAGCACUGACUUGUUUAUCCGGGACAUGUCAUCAAGAGUGUCACAACUGUCACAUGAAGUGUACCAGCGACGUCGAUUAUUGCAGACAGCGAUGUUUGUCCGGAGCAUGCUCAUUCACGUGUAACGCCAAAUACUGCGUUCAACACUGUAAAGGCGGACAAUGCAUCUCUCCUUCCGAGAGUGCUAACAACCUGCUUUUCCCAAGAGAAUAUUUGGUCUUGUUAGCUGCACUUUUCGCACUGGUGGCUAUUUUAUCUUUUACACUUCUUGUACUAUUGUGUUGCAAAGGAAAUUGUUGUGGCGAACAAUCUAACUACCUCAAAGCUGAAACUUUUUCCGGUAGCCUCGAUAGCCUGGAUUCCGAGUCGUCAUUUGUAUAGUAGAAAACGAUCAAACAAUGCAAAACUUUUUCAAAGAUUUAGGAAAAAUCUUCCCGAGACGAAAGGGGACGAGAUACUCCCGUCAAUUCCCGUGAAGGUUCUCGAAUCCUAACUUAAACAACAAAAAAGCAGUA